ACAAUCAUCUUAUUCUUCAAUUUUUGUUCAUUCUUUUCUGAUUCGGACUCUCGAUUUUGGCAGGAUAAUCAAUCGAUGAGAGCGAAGGAGAAGACAAGAAAUUACAGUCAGCUCAGCUGUUGCCUCUACAACUCUCUCUCUAACUCCGUUGUUCAUCUGGGAACGAGGACGCUCCUUCGCCAUCGGUGGUGAUGGACUCCGACUUCGACGCCAAGACGUUCCGUAGGAACUUAACAAGAAGCGAUAAUUACAAUCGCAAAGGGUUUGGACACAAGGAGGAAACUCUCAAGCUCAUGAAUCGCGAGUACACCACACAAGACAAGAUUGCAGAUUUUGAGAUGAAGCUGAUGGAUAUCGACAGUGAGCAUUUAGGAAUCCCUGACGCUGAGUACCACUCUAUUGUGAGGAUGCAUUCGGUGUAUUCAAGGUUUGCCUGAAGGCGCUUUGCGCAAGAUUAUCUUGACUGCAUCUGGUGGAGCUUUUAGAGACUGGCCUGUUGAAAAGCUCAAGGAAGUUAAAGUAGCAGAUGCUUUGAAGCAUCCUAACUGGAACAUGGGAAAGAAAAUCACAGUCGACUCAGCUACGCUUUUCAACAAGGUUCUUUGAAGCAUCCUAACUGGAACAGUUAUGUUUGACCUGUUCUUAUGUGUGAUUGAAUGAUUAGUGAUGAAUGAUGAUAGUUAGUAAAGAUGUAAAAACUGAUUAGUUGGUAUAGAGACUGAAGUCUUGUGAACUUUCUCAUUUUAUUUGCUAAGUUACUAUGGUGAAAAGAUUUGCUAA